AUGAACGGAUAUCGAAACUCUGGAUCUAGUGUUGCUGUACAAAUGCGAUCCACAAUUCACCCCCCCACCUUUGUCGAAUAUGAGGGUCUGCGAUUCCUGAUUGCCGAUGCUCCAUCCGAUAAUAACCUCAUUCACUAUAUCAAAUCAUUUGAAGAAUACAAUGUCACCGACGUCGUUCGUGUAUGCGAACCAACAUACAACGUUGCUCCAUUGGAAGAGAGAGACAUCCGAGUACAUGAUUGGGUAUUCGGCGACGGUGAGGCUCCUCCUACCCAGAUCGUAAGUGAAUGGCUUAAUCUGGUCAACAGGCGAUUUUCUCAAAAGUGCAGUGAUGAGACUAAGAGACCAACUAUUGCUUGUCAUUGCGUUGCUGGACUUGGAAGAGCUCCGGUCUUGGUCGCCAUUGCCUUGAUCGAAGCAGGCAUGUCUGCCCUUGAUAGUGUUUCCUUUAUCCGCGAACGACGCCAUGGUGCAAUCAACAACCGACAGCUAAAGUACCUCGAAAGCUACAAGAAGAGGCCAAAACCGUUUCCUUGCGUUAUAUGUUGA